AUGAAGUUCUCCGAGAUCAUCACCUUCUCCGCUGCCCUUGCUACCUCCGCCAGUGCCAGCCCCGCGAAGCGUUCGGCUCCCGAUAACGUCGACAUCACCUUCGUUGGUGCUGCCGAUGCCUCAUUUACUCAGUCCUUCCCUACCGAUGGCUCCGAUGUUACCAUCGCCAACGUGCUGAGCAUUUCGCACAUCACCUCCAGCACCAACGGUGUCACUUGCACCUUCGAAGGCGUUGACAACAGUGUGACUUCGCUGAGUGGAGCUGGAUCCGUUGAUGUCGGCCCUCCUCAGACUCAGGUCUCUGGACACUGCAGCAAGCUGUGGCGCCGUAAUGCCCAGCCCCAGCGCCGCAACACCGUCUUCGUCACAUUCGAGGGUGCUGCUGAUGCCGAAUUUAGCCAGUACUUCCCUACUGACGGUACUCCCACCAAGAUCUGGAACCCUCUGAGCAUCUCUCACAUCCAGAUUAACCAGGCCGGUGUCUCUUGCACCUUCAAUGGCAUUGAUGACUCCGUUACCUCUCUCACUGGACCCGCAACUGUUGAUGUCGGCCCUCCUCAGACCCAGAUUGAGGGUACCUGCCAUGCUUAG